AUGGCAGAAGUGCAGGGACUGAUGGAAAGGCUGGAGCGGGCCAUUGUCCGGCUCGAGUUGCUGUUUGCAGAAUCACACAGGACUUCUGGGGACUUCGGAGAUGUGAACGGUGUCAAUGGAGGUGUGGCACCCUCCGUAGAAGCCUUCGAUAAGCUGAUGAACAGUAUGGUGGCCGAGUUCCUAAAGAACAGUAGGAUCCUUGCUGGUGAUGUGGAAACACACGCAGAAAUGGUACACAGCGCCUUCCAGGCACAGCGGGCUUUCCUCCUGAUGGCCUCUCAGUACCAACAACCCCAAGAGAAUGACGUGACUGCACUGCUGAAACCAAUCUCGGAAAAGAUUCAGGAAAUCCAAACUUUCAGAGAGCGAAACCGGGGGAGCAACAUGUUUAAUCAUCUUUCAGCUGUCAGUGAAAGCAUCCCUGCUCUGGGGUGGAUAGCUGUGUCCCCCAAACCUGGUCCUUAUGUCAAGGAGAUGAAUGACGCAGCCACCUUUUACACUAACAGGGUCCUAAAGGAUUACAAAAACAGUGACCUGCGCCAUGUGGAUUGGGUGAAGUCAUAUUUGAACAUUUGGAAUGAGCUACAAGCAUACAUCAAGCAACACCACACCACAGGCCUCACUUGGAGCAAAACAGGUCCAGUAGCAUCAACCACAUCAGCCUUGUCUGCCCUCUCCCCUGCACCUGGCCUUACUCUGCCCCCUCCUCCACCCCCGCCUCCUGGACCACCUCCACUUUUUGAUAAUGAAGACAGGAAAGAAGAGUCCUCUCCUUCCCGCUCAGCUUUAUUUGCUCAGCUUAACCAGGGAGAAGCAAUUACAAAUGGGCUCCGGCAUGUCACAGACGACCAGAUGACACACAAAAAUCCCAGCCUGCGAGCCCAAGGAGGACAGACUCGAUCUCCAGCCAAAAGUCACACCCCAGGCCCCACUUCUCCCAAAGCUCCCACUCCUCAGAAACAUGCUCCUGUGUUCGAGUUGGAGGGAAAGAAAUGGAGAGUGGAAUACCAAGAAAACAGAAAUGACCUGGAGAUCGCAGACACUGAGCUGAAACAAGUGGCUUACAUUUUCAAGUGCAACAAAUCUACUCUACAGAUGAAAGGGAAAAUCAAUUCCAUUACAAUUGACAACUGUAAGAAAUUUGGCCUUGUGUUUGACAAUGUGGUGGGCAUUGUGGAAGUGAUCAAUUCCAAGGACAUUCAAAUUCAGGUAAUGGGGAAAGUGCCAACCAUUUCCAUUAAUAAGACAGAAGGUUGCCAUAUAUACCUUAGUGAAGAUGCACUCGACUGUGAGAUUGUGAGUGCCACAUCGUCAGAAAUGAAUAUACUUAUCCCUCAGGAUGGUGACUAUGUAAGUAUAUUUGAAAUGACUAUGAAGAGCUGUUUCUGGGUCAUCAUGAUCAACCUCAGAGAAGGAUGA